AUGCAUUCCGGAAAUCUCCCCGACAUCAUCAUUCGUCUCGUCUUCGCAUUGCUCAUGCGAUUUUUGCAGAAUGGCGGCGUCGAGGCCACAAUUCUACCAAACUGGAAAGCCGACUGCAAUGGCCAAAUGCUUUUGGGGACACUACACGGCACCGCUCAGGGCACCUAUUUGAGUCUUGGACCGGAUGUCGAUUAUUGUACAUCGGAACCCGAAAUGUCCGGAAAUAAAUUUUAUCUAUGUAAUGAUUGCGUCAUGAAAUGUCCGGAGAAGGUCGUUGAGGCACCGGAAUCCCUUCUAUUCAUUGCUGAUGUUGAGCCACCAAAUUCCAGGCUGAAAUGGUUCACGAUUCACACUCCUGUGGCGAACCUCGCUGACUUUGCCCAAUGCCAAAUGCUCGGUAAUAACACCCUCGCGGCGCCGGGCACCGAGGAGACGUCGACGGACGCGCUUCGCUCGUUCUCAAAAACCUCCGUGCUGUUCGUCUCGAUCUCAUUUAUCAUUUUAAUGGUCAUUUCGCUUGCCUGGCUUGUGUUCUAUUAUGUGCAACGGUUCCGUUACGCGCAUGCCAAAGAUAGAUUGCAGAGAAGAUUAUUCAACGCUGCGCGAAAAGCGCUCGCGAGAAUCCCAACGAAGAGCAUCCGAAGUGGAGAUGAGGAGCUUCAAACUGAUUGCGCGGUUUGUCUCGAUCCUUACCAACUACAUGAUAUUGUUAGAACACUCCCUUGCCGACAUGCCUACCACAAAUCCUGCAUUGAUCCAUGGCUAUUGGAGCAUCGCACAUGUCCAAUGUGUAAAGCCGACAUUCUCAAAUAUUUCGGGUAUCAGUAUUAUGAUCCGGGAAGAACCGAAGAUUUGACGGGUCGCGUCGAAAUUGGUGAUCGCGAACGCGAGCGCGUCAUACUGCCGAAUGAGAUCGUGUCGCCUGAAGGCUCGUCGGACUCUUCCGAUUCCAAUGGAUUCUCAUUCGACCAUUCCGAACAUGUUGAAUCGUUCGCGUUCACACCAUCAGUCCCACCACAAUUGGUGUUGAAUGCCGCCAAUGCCAAAACGUUUCGUCCAAUGUCGAGUCGCGUCGGCUCGGCGUCAUCGAUGACGCCGACGUCGUCCUCAUCGACAAGCCAUGUUCCACCGCCAACCAGCUAUUCGGCGAGAGGCGCACGCAGUGGCUCGCAUGAACUCUCAACAUCGCCUCAGCGGCUAAUUCGCACUUCUGCGGGUUCAUCAGGAUCACAAGGACAAAUUGUGAAUUUGGUUCAAGUCAAAUCGAGGGCAGCCUCUGUUACCCGCGCGGCGACGAUCCGCAAAGAAUCUGUUCCUCCCUACGGACCAUCAAGCUCCCAACCAACCCCAAUAGAUGUUUCUUCUGAUCGCCCGUCGACUUCAACCAGCACCCAAGUCGUCUAA